CAGUGGAACGGCAUCGGAAGCUGAUGAGGUGGACUGAGGAACUGUGUCAAACCCAGGGCAACGAUGCGAUCGCGGAAUUGUUGGGGAGGAACCCGUAUCAACUGUAAAAAUGUCUGGGUCUGGAAGAAUGCCAGACUUGUCAUGCAGAUUUUACAUGACCAAUGAGGUCUGGCAUGUAGGACAGAGCAUGACAGAUUCUGUGAGAGUUCUAUCAUGCCUAUCCUGCAUGAGAAACUGCCUCUCGACUAGGUCAAAAGUGGACAGCUUUUGGUAAUCAUGCAACACAGAUUUUUACAUGAUUCAGAUUUAGCAUGACAAGUUGCAUUCUUCCAGACCCAGACAUUUUUACAGUUGAUAACCCGGUCAAACCGAGCUCGGAAGCGUGCGAGGAUGAAGGACUUCGAGCCGAGCUUGCCGAGAUCGACACUCGGCUGAGGGCGGAGCUUCCCAGUAUUGACCGUACGCUACGCACGGAGAUUGCCAAGAUUGACGCCGAGCUUGAGACCUAUCAAAUGCAAAAAUGUCUGGGUCUGGAAUUUUGCCAGGCUUAUCAUGCUUGUUUUGCAUGUGUGCCCAGGAUGUCUGCAAUGCAUGACUUAGCAUCUUCGCAGAUUUUCAUUUUUACAGGGCUGCCUGAUGCCCAAUCCGCAUGACAAAUGCCCUCCCCCCUUAGCUGCACAAACUAGGCUCUUCUUGCUGAUCAUCAUGCAAUACAGAUUUUUUUAGAGUCCAGAGUUAGCAUCACAAGCUCCAACGACCUUCCAGACCCAGACACUUUUACAUUUGAUAAGACCGAGCUUGCCACGAUUCAGGCAGAUCUUCAAACCGCGCAAGCCACAAUUCACGCCACAGCUGAAGCCGAGGAGGCCAGGAUUGCGAAUACGCUGCAAAAAAAGCUUGGUGAAAUUAACGCCGAACUAUUGUAGAUUUCCC